AUGUGGGCCAUGGAAUGGACGGAACGCGACAUGGCAUCCGGUAACCCCAAUCCCUUCAUGGUCUCCAAGACCUCACCAACGGUGGACUCCCUGGCUGAGAUGACCCCUGUCUGGCCCCCGGCCCCUGGCGCCAAAGUCUCGGGCACUGACCGCAGCUGCCCGUUUGGCAUAGCCCUGGCCCACUACGACGCCAAGAAGCACGGGCCCUUCCACGACAGCGACGCCACCGUCAGGAGACCAAUCCCUGGCCAACCUUACUACAGAGUCGACCGCACCACGAAGAUGGCCCGAUUCAACAAGGUCGACGCCGCGAUCCGGGAAUUCUUCUCGGCCCGGUGUGAGAGGGCAGCCAUGUGGGGCACCGCCCUCCCACCCAUCGUCUGGGCGCUCGUCUUCCGUCACGAGGAUCGCGACAACAAGACCAGCGCUCUGUCCGUGCCCGCGCAAUGUGUGGCAGCGGAUCGACUGCUUGCGGCCUCGGCCACCCUGGAACGCAUGAUCGACGACCCCGACCAGCCUGGCGCGAGCGGACGAGCGGUCGAACCGCCCCUGACACUCCAGCAGGCUGACGAGUCCCCAGGCUGCGUCUUUCAGCGACUGCUGCCUGCCCCGCGGGAGGAUCACCUCAACCGCACCUGCGACCAGCACCGAACCAACGAAGCCCAGCGUCGCUGCGUGCUUGCGACCCAGAACUCACUCCUCACCCUGUGCCACGGGCCGCCCCGCACAGGUAAGACCAAGGUCGCGGCCUGCAUCGCGGCCGCCUACAUGUCGCGCCUCGCCUCAGGAUGGGGCGUGGGGUGCUUCGGCGGCACCAACGGCUCCAUGGACACCCUGGCUGAGCAGAUCGGGAAGAACCUGACUGAGAAGGUGAAGGGCAACACUGCCAGGAAGAUGACCCCCGUCGCUAAGUACGCCGCAGAGUACAACAUCCCAGAAG